AUUUUUUUAUUCAUUUUCCAUAGCUUCACUUCUUUACUUCUUUUGGGGUCGAACUUCAGUUAUUUACUGAGAUUUCGGAAUCACAACGCAUAGACAUCCACAAAUGCCGGGCCAUUCUUUGUCAACGCCUCUUUUACCGCCGCAGACCCAUUUCCGACCCUCCGAUUCCGAUGGUCUCCCCCACACGAUCGUCGCCGUUAACGACUAUCCCCCUCCCCCUCAGCCCGCCAUCCAGAGCACGAAUGGUGAUGGAAACCGCGCCGACGGCCUGGUGUCGGUGGAUGAUAACCCGUACAGAUUCAUUGGGGCGCACCCGUUCGAGUCUCCGGAGCCUACCACGGUUGACCCGUUUAAGAACCACACGGCGGGGAUCGAGGGGGUGUAUGAGUGGGUGAAGAUCGCGAUUUGCCUGCCCAUUGCUCUUCUUCGGCUGGCGAUUUUCUGUAUUUUCUUGAUGGUUGGUUAUGUGGCAACCCAGAUUGCUCUCUUUGGCUGGAAAGACAGGCAUAAUCCAAUGCCCAAAUGGAGGUCGAAACUGAUGUGGGUUACCCGUAUUAGCGCCCGGUGUAUCCUCUUCUCUUUUGGCUAUCAAUGGAUAAAGCGAAAAGGGAAACCUGCAACAAGACAGAUUGCUCCAAUUGUUGUGUCUAAUCACGUAUCAUAUAUUGACCCCAUCUUCUAUUUCUAUGAAUUGUGCCCUACUAUUGUUUCAUCACAAUCCCAUGACUCGAUGCCAUUUGUUGGAACCAUAAUCAGAGCUAUGCAGGUGAUAUAUGUAGAUAAGUUUUCACAGUGCUCAAGGAAGAAUGCUGUUAAAGAAAUAAAGGAUCUGAAUACAGAGAAAGGCCUCUCACCAUCAAUUUCCACGAGUGCUUUUAUUUCCUGAAGGCACAACUACCAAUGGAAGAGCUAUUAUUUCUUUCCAAUUGGGUGCUUUUAUCCCGGGGUUUCCUAUUCAGCCGGUUAUUGUUCGCUACCCAUAUGUACACUUUGACCAGUCAUGGGGGAACAUUUCUUUGUCAAAGUUGAUGUUUAGAAUGUUCACACAGUUUCACAAUUUCAUGGAGGUUGAAUACCUUCCCAUUGUAUUCCCACUUGAGAAUCGAAAGGAAAAUGCUUUUCAUUUUGCUCAGAGGACUGGCAAUGCCAUGGCCAGUGCUUUGAAUGUGUUACAAACAUCACAUUCUUAUGCUGAUGCUUUGCUUCUGAUGAAAGCUGCUGAGUACAAGCAGGAAAACCCUGCUCUCUAUAUGGCUGAAAUGGCGUGGGUUAAAUCAGCCUUUCAUGUGAGCACCUUAGAGGCUAUAAGCUUUCUUGAUGUUUUCCUUUCCAUGAGUCCUAACAGCAGAGGACAAGUUAAAAUGCAUGACUUCCUCAAGGCUCUAAGGCUCAAGCCAUGUGGACUAUCUGAAAAGAUAUUCCGUUUUUUUGAUGUUAAAAAGAUCGGGCGAAUAACAUUCAAGCAGUUCUUGGUUGCAUCAGCUCACAUUCUGAAACAACCAUCUUUUUGCCGGGCAUGUGAAUUGGCAUUUGAAAGAUGUGAUGUUGAUGGGAAAAGUUACGUAUUGGAUCACCAGCUGGAAGAAUCUCUUAAACCAUCAGUUCUGAGCCUGAGCAAAGACGAGGUCCAUGAUAUUUUCAACUUUCUGGAUACUGAUCAUGAUGGGAGGAUCAGCCAUGAUGAUUUCAUCCAGAGUUUAAGAAGAAACCCAUUGCUGAUAGCCCUUUUUGCCCCAAAACUGUUGAACGAGAACUUGUGUGAAGCAGAACAUGUACUGGUCGAGAUUAUGAGCUAACGAGUUUUUAUGACAUGUAGAAAAAGGAACAACCAAAUCUCAGUCACUUGGUGUAUUGUUGAAAGGGCCAUCUUGAUAACAAAACCCUGUAUCGUUAGUGUUGAAACUUGAAAGCUAUUGAAGUUUUGUUAGUCUGAUCAUGUUUUGCUUUUAUAUCUCGAUAAAAUGUGGAAAAAAUUGUUGUCCUC